CCUUUCUUUCUCCAAUUCUCUCCCUUUUCCCAACUUCUCAACCUUUUCCUUUUCUUCUUUCUACCCAAUAUUAAUGCCUAUCAUGCUCUUGCCACUCCUCACAACUCUAGCCCUCCUAACCACGUCCUUUUUCAUCUUCUCUUUACUAUACGACACCCUUUCUUGCUACUUGUUUACUCCUCGACGCAUCAAGCAAAAGAUGGCCAAGCAAGGUGUUCAUGGCCCCAAACCCCGUCCUCUCCUCGGUAACAUCCUCGACGUCGCUUCCCUCCUCUCCAAGUCUACCUCCUCCGACAUGCCCUCCAUCUCUCACGACCUCGUCCCCCGUCUCCUCCCUCAUUUCCUCGCCUGGUCCUCCCAAUUCGGGAAGAGAUUUAUAUUUUGGAAUGGGAUUGAGCCAAGAAUGUGUUUAACCGAAACCGAUUUGAUAAAAGAGCUUUUAUCAAAAUACAGCGCGGUUUCAGGGAAAUCAUGGCUACAACAACAAGGCUCUAAGCAUUUUAUAGGACGAGGUCUUUUAAUGGCAAACGGUCAAAACUGGUUCCAUCAACGACAUAUCGUUGCACCAGCUUUCGUCGGGGAUCGACUUAAGAGUUACGCAGGGUACAUGGUGGAGUGUACAAAAGAGAUGCUUGAAUCAUUAGAGAAGGAGGUAAAAUCGGGGAGAUCAGAAUUUGAAAUCGGGGAGUAUAUGACGAGACUUACUGCUGAUAUAAUUUCGCGAACGGAGUUUGAAAGUAGUUUUGAAAAGGGAAAACAAAUCUUUCAUUUGCUUACUGUUUUACAGCAUCUUUGUGCUCAGGCCAGCCGCCACCUCUGUCUUCCCGGUAGCCGGUUUUUUCCAAGUAAAUACAACAGAGAGAUAAAGGCAUUGAAAGGGAAAGUGGAGGAAUUAUUAAUGGAAAUAAUACAAAGCAGAAGGGAUUGUGUGGAAAUUGGGAGAAGCAGUUCAUAUGGAAAUGAUUUAUUAGGAAUGUUAUUAAAUGAAAUGCAAAAGAAAAAAUUGGAUGGAAACAAUGGUUUGAGUUUGAAUUUGCAAAUUAUAAUGGAUGAAUGCAAAACCUUCUUCUUUGCUGGCCAUGAAACCACUGCUCUUUUACUCACUUGGACUGUCAUGUUAUUAGCCACUAACCCUACUUGGCAAAAUAAAGUUCGAGCCGAAGUUAUGGCCGUUUGUGGUUCGGAAACCCCUUCGUUUCAUCAUCUUUCCAAACUUUCUCUGUUGAGUAUGGUGAUAAAUGAGUCACUAAGACUAUACCCACCAGCAAGUAUUCUUCCAAGAAUGGCAUUUGAAGAUAUAAAACUUGGAGAUUUGGAGAUUCCAAAAGGAUUAUCAAUAUGGAUUCCUGUUUUAGCCAUUCAUCACAGUGAAGAAUUAUGGGGCAAAGAUGCAAAUGAGUUCAAUCCCGAAAGAUUCGCAAAUUCAAAACCUUUUACUUCGGGUGGUUUCAUCCCUUUUGCUUCUGGCCCUCGUAAUUGCGUCGGACAAUCUUUCGCUCUUAUGGAAACUAAGAUCAUUCUGGCUAUGCUUAUCUCCAAGUUUAGUUUCACGAUCUCUGAUAGUUAUCGACAUGCACCUGUUGUCGUCCUCACUAUAAAACCCAAAUACGGUGUUCAAGUUUGUUUGGAGCCUUUGAAUUAACAAAGUAGUACAUGGAUCCAUCAUGAGUUAUACUCAUCUUUUUGUGUAGCUCGUUCCAAUCAUAUACUAAAAGGGAAAAAAAUGAUUGGAUAGCUGAAAAAGAUGGGUGUGAUGCAUAACGGACUCAACAAGUACUUUUCCUUAAUAAAUCCUCUAGUUUAUAGGUUUUUUGUUUUUGUUCUUUUUGAGACGAGAGGGAGAUUUGGUCAUAUUUUUCACUCGUUUUGUUUUGUAUGAUCUUCGUUUUUGUUUUUCCUUUUGGUCUCUCUUUCUAUUUUUGCCACUGUGAAAAGAAAGAGAGAAAUGGGAGAAUAUGAAGCUUGAUUGUAAUGUUAUAUUUUGAGCAAUAUUAAAUAGAGGCAUAAGCUUGUUUUUUUUUUAA